UCCACAGCAGUGCAAUGUGAAUGGAACUUUUGGAAUACUAUUAGUGCUCGUUUUGCAUUCCACUGGAUUGAGAGAGGCUGGUUCAUUUUGAAUCUUUGCUCUCAUUGAACUUGUACAGCCUACAGAAUAAAGUGCCAUAAAAGAACAUCAGCGACCUGUCUCUACCAGUGCAGGCGUGCAGAUGUGAGCAGUUGAGAGUUGCAGGCAAAGCACAGAGACAAAGACACACAGGGGUGGGGCCGACACAGUGGGAGAACACACAGCACCACAACUGUGGCAACAACAGGAAGUCUGUUAAAGAAAAAAGCUGUUUCAUAUUGGUCGACUUUGCCAACGUUGACACAAGACUAUGGAAGAACUUGGAAGGAUUCGCUCUAAAUUAGUCGACAUGUUGUUGGACCCAGAUGUCAUCAAUCUCCUGCAUUUCCUUCGGGAGAUGAAUGUGUUGAAUGACGAGGAGAAGGAGACUGUAGAGGGGUGGAUGACAAGUGAAGGCAAAGCACGUUGUCUCAUUGAUACGGUGAUGGAGAAAGGGGUGAAAGCAAGUAGCGUGAUGGUUGAUUAUCUGACGGAGAAACACCCUGAACUAUGCUCAACCCUGGGUCUGACCCCAACUGCUCAGAUCAGGCAGGAUCUGACCGAUGAUCAGCUCCUGAAGGUGGCCGAAACGCUGGGAAAGGAGUGGAAGCAGGCGGCCUUCCACCUGGGGCUGAAGCCCAACGAACUGGACGACAUCAAGGCAGAACAUAAAUCUUUGAUUUAUAAAAAACACAAGAUGUUGGUGUUGUGGAAGCGCAAAAGAAGAACAGGAGAGGCCACUGCACAGGAGCUGCUGAGAUGUCUGAAAGACAUACCGGACGAGACUCGUUUGUUAUUGACAGGACAUAUAUCCGACAAGACGGUGGUAAAGCGAAGGAAUCAAAACAAAGGGGAGCUUCAAAGGAUCCAUUCUGAAUUUGUGAAGACAGUUAAAAUCUCAGUUAUCAAAGGUCUCCUGGAUGACCUUUUGCAGCAGAAAGUGUUCAGCACUGACGACAAAUACUCUGUGAUGGAGAAGGGGAAGAUCAAAACGGACAUGGCACGGUGUCUGAUCGACAUGGUUAUCAGGAAAGGGGAGAGAGCAAGUCGGAUAAUGAUUGCUAGUAUGAAGAAGAAGUACUAUGACUUAUGCUCCACCCUGGGUCUGAUCGCUUCUCCUGCUGGUGUGGGACAUACAUCCGACAAGACGGAGGUAAAGCCAAGGAAACAAAAUAAAGGAAAUGGAGGCCGGAAAAGAAAUGGAAGUAAAUCAGAAGAAGUGUCCAAUAAGAAACCUUGCACGGUUGAUGUGUCAGACAGCAUCACUGAAACCCGCUCCAUAGGGCAGACUCUGACUGACAAGGAGCUCAUGAAUGUGGCCAAAACGCUGGGAAAUGAGUUGGAGCAGAUUGCCAUCCAUCUGGAAAUAACGACCAAAGCUUUGGAGGACAUCAAGGCAGAACAUAGAUCUGUGGCCACGCAGAAGCUGAAGAUGUUGGUGAUGUGGAAGUGCCGAAGACCACCAGGAAAGGCCACAGCUCAGGACCUGCUGGAAGGUCUGAAAGACCUGGAGGACCUACCGGCCGAGACUCUUCAGUUAUUGACGGACUUGAUUAAGCAGUAGCCAUAGUGAACUAGAUGGCUCUUUCCAAAGAGAACAAUGAAGAUAUGCAGAAUAACCUGAAACAGUGAAGCUGUCUGUGAAUGCAUCCUGGUCGUUGGGAUACGGCCAGAUGAUGACAACAGAGACAUUAUUCAAAAGUGUAAGCAGCCGUAAGAGCUAGGCUCUUGUCGAGUCCAUCUUUACCAUAUAAACUCUUUAAAUGGCACAAUUGCUCAUACAGCUUUGCUCCACCAGCUUUGGUCAAGAUGCACAUACUUUGUAUGUGUCAUGGCAUUUUUGAAGCGUUAGCAUCAGUUGGGACCCUGUGCUGUGUUAUCGGCCCCUUCCACAAUAAUUCAAAAUAUGGACAGAUUUAUUAAAUUCUGUACUUUUAGAUUACAUUUAUUUAACUGACACUUAAGUGCAAAGCGACUUACAAUGAUUGCAUUCCACAAUGGGAGAUUCAACCCAAAAAGAGCAGGAAUCGUGCAAGUACAUGAAAUGCAUUCGGUAAGGAAACUUCUUUAAGUGCUAAAUUAUAGAAACAAGAGAUGAGUUUUCAGUCUGCAAUCUUUUUCCAAAUGUCUUGAACUUAAAGUAAUUAAUGAUGUCAUGUUUAGAAUAGGUCCUCCUUCCUUUGCUAUUACUAAGCUGUUCCCCUCAGGUACCUCCUAUAGACAAGACUAGAUGGUUGUGAUCACAGAGUUUCUGAAACAAGUUGACUAUAUGCCAAAGAAAGAUAAUGAUCAUUGCUAGUAUUGUGUCAGUACCCUUUUUUUAAUAUAUAUUAUGUUUACUUUAUGAGCCCGAGCCAGGAAGGUACAGACGUCUGUUUGGUGAAAAAUAAAAGUGGUUUGUGGGAAAGGCUUCCUUCUUGCUUUAUUGUCCAACAUAUUUCUGUAGUAGUCAUGCCAACAUAUUCAAUAUCAAUUAAAACAUUAAUGACAUUAAUAUAAUUUAACAGCAUUCAAUAGAUGAUGGGAUACAUUAGUGUAAAGCUAUUAGUCCCAUUCAGCUCAAUGAUUAGUAAUUAUUAUGUUGACAUGGAAAGAAAAUUGCGCUCAAUGUAAAAGGACCCUUUCUUGUAAGCUGGUACCUAUAGUUUUACAUUUACAGACUUAACUAGAAUUCUUACCAUUCCUGAAGAAAUGGUACUUGCACUGCCUCUACAUCUGUGUAUUUUUUUGUGUAUGUGUACAUAUGUUUGCGUAUGUAUGCAGCAAAUUGUAUCCUUGAUCUGGUUCUGACAAGUCCAUCUUGGAAUCCUGGAGGUCUUCAAGUCAGGUGAUCUCAUACUUGCUGAUAAGGGAUUUCUAAUCUUAGCCAUUGUGCCAGAAGGAGUUAGUGUCAACAUACCUCCAUUUUUGAAUCAUGGCUGGUUGAAAGAGUGAUCAAAUUAACUUAAGACAUUGCAGGGACCAGGAUCCAUGUUGAAAGGGCAAAAGCCCAUUUGAAAGAAUUUAAAAUCCUGCGUUUCAUUCCGCACACCUUGCGAAGCGACGCUGAUGUGGUGGUGCAGCUCUGCUGUGCUUUAGUGAAUCCAGAAUCCAUUGAGGAUCUACGAUUCAUUUGGAUAAGUAAGUUUCAGUUUGCAGAGCCCACCACAGUGAAAUAAAAUGUACUUGAAUUUGGUGUUUGAAUCGCUUUCAGCAGAAUAAAAAAAAACACAA